CGCCACUAAAAACUAAAUUUCCCAGAAGGCACUUGAAACGCAGGUGCCCCGGCAACUUGUUGCCUCGUGAGGAAAAUAGGGGUGACCUCCGCAAUCACCCGAGUAGUGGGAGAGCAGCUGUCAUCCUCCACAAGCUGAAAAUGGCUGAGCCUAUUAGGGUCCUGGUGACCGGCGCCGCAGGGCAGAUCGCAUACUCUCUGCUAUACAGCAUUGCAAAGGGAGAUGUCUUCGGUAAAGAUCAGCCUCUCGUUUUGCUUCUGUUGGACAUCACUCCCAUGUUGCCUGUUCUGGAGGGUGUCGUUAUGGAGCUGCAGGACUGUGCUCUCCCAAUUCUGAGAGAGGUCAUCCCCACUGAUAAAGAGGAUAUUGCAUUCAAAGAUUUGGAUGCUGCCAUCCUGGUGGGAUCCAUGCCAAGAAGAGAGGGCAUGGAGAGAAAGGAUCUACUGAAGGCUAACGUUGCCAUCUUUAAGUCCCAGGGGCAGGCGCUUGACAAGUAUGCAAAGAAAACAGUCAAGGUUCUAGUUGUUGGUAACCCAGCCAACACUAACUGUCUGAUUGCGGCCAAAUCCGCCCCAUCCAUCCCCAAAGAGAAUUUCUCCUGUCUGACGCGACUGGAUCACAACAGGGCUUGCUCUCAGGUGGCAACACGUUGUGGCAUUUCAGCAAACGUUGUGAAGAAUGUGAUCAUCUGGGGAAAUCAUUCAUCUACGCAGUACCCUGACGUCCACCACUGCAAGGUGAAUGUGCAGGGGAAGGACGUGACUGCCUUUGAUGCAGUGAAGGACGAUGCCUGGCUAAAAGGAGAUUUCAUUUCUACAGUGCAGCAGCGUGGUGCUGCAGUCAUUAAAGCCAGGAAGCUCUCCAGUGCCAUGUCAGCGGCCAAGGCCAUCUGUGACCACAUGAGAGACAUCUGGACAGGCACUGCCGAGGCUGAGUUCAUCUCUAUGGGUGUCUAUUCCACUGGAAACCCUUAUGGAGUACCUGAGGACCUCAUUUACUCAUUCCCUGUUUCAAUCAAGGAUAAGACCUGGAAGAUUGUUGAAGGCCUGGUCAUCAAUGACUUCUCAAGAGCAAAGAUGGACGCAACAUCAACUGAAUUAGUGGAGGAAAGAGACACCGCUGUCUCUUUCUUGGGUGUGUGACUAGAAACCCACUCUUAGAUGCCCAGAAAACUCCAAAAGCACGUUUGUAAAACACUCCUGAAAAUCUUUUUCUUCCCCUGAAACUGUUACACAAAUAAUAGAACUAUAUGUACUUGAAUUUCCUAAACUUGUUCAGCUGGAUUUUGUCUGAUAAUUCAGAAUUGGAAUCUAGUCCAGCUGUUUAACAGGGACUUUGGUUGUUUCCUUUCUUGUUUUUGGUCUUCCACCAGAGCACAGCUUUCAUGUAAAGAGAAAAGGUAGUCUAAAACAAGAUUUUAAUUAUUUCUAGACUGCCCUUUCCAAUCCAGAAUUGCUUAAAGGAGGACUAAAGCCUGGAAAGGAUUCAGAGUACAUGGAUUAGGUCUUUCUGUGUCAUUGUGUUAUUGUCCAGACUGAAAUUUCAGCUAUUACAUAUCUGACAGGAGUCAGAAAUGAUCAAGGAAUGUUUCUUGUUGUAAUUAAAUUCCUCUGGCAGUGUGGUUACUGUAACUGAUGUUUAUAUGUAGAAUCCUGCAAUAAAACCCAGACAUUAAAAUGCAUUA